CGUUCCUCUUCGCGUCUCUUGCCCACGUUUGUCUAGAAUGGCAGCUAACAAGAUCCUGCUCCUGACGGUGACCUUGGCGGUGUUGGUGGCCCUUGCUGUAGGAUUCCCUCAGCUGAUUGAUCCUCAGGCCACCAUUCCCCGCUACGAGUUCGGCUACGACGUCAGCGCCCCCGAGUUCGGCAACGACUACGGCCACGCGGAACGGCGCGACGGCCCCUCCACCUCCGGCCAGUACCGCGUCCUCCUGCCCGACGGCCGCGUGCAGGUCGUGUCUUACACCGUGAAUGGCGACUCGGGUUACGUCGCUCAGGUGUCCUACCAGUGAGAGACGCGUCUACGGAUCCAGCCAGCCACUGCAGGGGAAGAAGACGAAGGAGGAUGUCCUAUCCGACGACGACGAUGACGACGAUGAAGCGAUGAGAGUCCUGCGGGAGGGAGCGCGUCCUGCUCGGAUGUCGGUGUGCCCCUUGUCUAGUCCACUUCUGUCUGCCGUCUUCCGCGUGCGCGAUUGUUCUCCGUCGCCCACGUCCACUUAUUUGAAUCAUUCGAUGGUCAUAAACGAGGUAUAUUUUCUUUACAUUUCAGUAGGAUUAUUUAUUUUUCGAUCCUACACAGUGUUAAAAUAAUCAGUUAACAUUUUGAUUUUUCGAUUUUACAUGUAAAAAAUAGUCACAUAUUCAGCGAGUGAUUUCAAAACUUGUAUGACCACAAUGAUUCGGUUUAGUGUUUUGUAUAUCUUUCAUUCGAAAAUUCAGGGUAAAAAAAAUAUAUAUAUAAAAAUAAAGAUAACAAAAAUAAAAAUUACAACUUAUAAAAUAAAAUAAAAACUCUUAGCACAUGUAUUCGAUCGAUGAAUUAUAUCUUUUAUAAAUAUUUUUUAUAGAACGAAGUUCAUUUAGAGAGAGUUACUUUGAUCAGUCUAUGUCAUGACGUCAUCACAAAAUCUG